AUGGAAAAAACCAAAACAAAACAAAUGUCAAAGUUUGGUGACAAAAUUAUAAGAUUGUAUCUGACUUUGUAUUUUGUAGAUUGUAUACCAUGUACAGAAGAUUUAUUCCAAUGUGAUAACUGUCGAUGUAUCUCUAAAAGUUGGCUCUGUGACCACAACAACGACUGCGGAGAUAACUCAGAUGAGGCCCAUAACUGCUCGUAUCCUGCCUGUUCGGGGUCUGAAUACCGCUGUGCCAAUGAGAGAUGUAUCUCCCAGCAGUGGUUGUGUGACGGAAAUGAUGAGUGUGGAGAUAAUUCAGACGAACUAGACUGCGAUACACAAUCCUCAUCAGGACAGCAAGUAUUUGAAAAGUUUAGUCUGUAUAUUUAUUAUUUUUUGAGAACUAUUCUAUCUGGUGGUAUCCAAGUUCCGUCAGCACUGUCAUUGGCUGUAUUCGAGGACUAUGUUUAUUGGACGGAUGCUACGAAGAAAGGUGUAUUGAAAGUGAAUAUGUACGGAGGGGACCCUGAACAGAUAUAUGAAACGCGGGGCAAUAUUGUGGGCUCUAUUAAAGUUUCUCAUAUAAACAAACAACCCCAACCAGCAAGAUAUAACUGUAGACCAGGAGAAUGGGCGUGUCCCCACAAUGGAAAGUGUAUCUCUAUUUAUAAUGUCUGUGAUAAUAAGAGAGAUUGUGAUAAAGAUGAAGAUGAAGUUAUGUCUUGCAGUUGGAUUAAUUGCGGUGUAUUGUCAUGUGAUAAUAAAUGUCGAUCAACGCCAUCUGGUGGAGUUUGUCAUUGUAAUGUAGGAUAUCAUAUCACCCCCGAUAAUAAUAGAACCUGUGUAGAGAUCGAUAAAUUUAUAUUAUUUGCCUCAAUGCAUGCCGUACGAGGUAUUCCUGUAGAAGAAUCAGACACGUAUUCCGUGGAUGCCAUACAACCAAUCAUCGGACCAAGUCGAGGCCGUAAUGGCCGAAACUACGUAGCAGUUGACUAUAUAGCUGAAAAUGAAACCGUAUUUUUUUCUGAUGUUCGAAAUCUUGUUAUUUAUCAAGGAAAGUUAGGUGAUUCAGAUCCAGUCCCACUAGUUGUUAACAGUAUUAGAACAGUAGAAGAUCCAGUCCCACUAGUUGUUAACAGUAUUAGAACAGUAGAAGGUCUGUCAGUAGACUGGAUGUCCAAGAAUUUGUAUUUUACCGAUUAUGCUCAGAGAACAGUGUCUGUGGUCCGAAUCGAACAGCCUGGAGACAGACGUGACGUCAUCAAAGACUUGGGAAAUCCCAGAUCUAUUGUUGUCAACCCCUUAAAAGGGGUGAUAUUUUUCUCUGAUUGGUUGAGAAACUCGAUGCAGACGGCGUAUAUCGCUAGGGCGUACGGAGAUGGUAGUAACGUCACCAAGAUAAGACAACAUCAACUUGGCUGGCCGAAUGGUUUGUGCGUUGAUUUUGAAGCGGAUCGUUUGUAUUGGGUGGAUGCUUAUUUUGACAGAAUUCAAAGUUCUGAUUUUAACGGCAAUGAUUUGACCACGUUAGAAGGACAUUCUAUAACUCAUCCAUUUGGAAUUUCUGUUUAUAAAGAUAGUAUAUAUUUUACCGACUGGAGGAUGGAAGCCAUUUUGAAAAUUGAUAAAAAUGGUGGAAAAGAACGUAGAAUUCGAUCAGGGAUUGGUAAAAUGAUGGGAAUUAAGAUUUUUGAUAAAGAUUUACAACCAAUAUCUUCUCAGAAUCCAUGUACACGAAGAAACGGAGAUUGCUCCCAUUUCUGUUUCCCGGUACCAGUCAGUCCUAGUUUAAUAAUAAUAGGCCGUCACUGUGCCUGUCCCUAUGGUUUCAAACUGAAAGAAGAUCAACGAUCGUGUGAACCCAAUCCCAACGAACCUAACCCCGCCUCCUGUCCGUCUGGUUUGUACGAAUGUAGAAAUAGACGAUGUAUACCUCAAUCGUAUAAAUGUGAUCGAGACAACGACUGUCUGGAUAAUUCUGAUGAAGACGAUUGUCCGACAGCAACACCGACAUGUUACUCAGGAAGAUUUAGAUGUAAUAAUGGAAGAUGUAUAUUUCACGGGUGGGUUUGUGAUGGAGAUGACGACUGCGGUGAUAAUUCAGACGAAGCUCAGAGUUUGACUUGUGCCCCACCCCCAUUCAGUUGUCCAUCAGGAGAAUGGGAAUGCCCUGGUACCAGAGUCUGUAUUAAUAUUACCAGCGUCUGCGAUGGUUCCAUAGAUUGUCCUCAAGGUCAUGACGAAAGUCCAGUCUGCAAUUCGGAGAGUUGUAGGCUAGAAAAUGGUGGCUGUAGUCAUCGUUGUAUUCAGACUCCGCGUGGUGCUGAGUGUUUCUGUCCUGAAGGCCAAGAAUUGAAUGAUACCAAGAUCUGUCAAGAUAAGAAUGAAUGUGACCCCCCAGGAAUUUGUAGCCAGACGUGUAUUAAUACGAAGGGGUCUUAUAAAUGUCAAUGUGACGAAGGUUAUUCUUUAUUACCCGAUAAAAAAACAUGUCAAGCUAGCAGAAACACGUCUGAAGUGUUUCUAUUAGUUGCUACAAGAAAGACUAUCAUACGAUCUAGUCUAGAUGCCUGGAUGUACAAGUCUUUACCACUGGUUAACCAGAGAUCGCUGUCUGCUAUUGAUAUAGACGUAGCCACAGGACAUAUUUACUAUUCUGAUACAGGCCUGAAGAAGAUUUUCAGAGCUACGUAUAAUGGCAGUAACUCGUGUGAAAAGAAACCAUGCAGUCAUCUGUGUCUGCUAUCACCAACAUCAGAAUUAGGUUAUAAAUGUUUGUGUCCAGUUGGAUUCAAGAUGGAUGCCACCAGUCAUGUUUGUAAACAAGCUAGUGAAGUUGUAUUGUUAUACAUGCAGCCUAGAAUGAUAUCAGGUAUAAAACCUGAUAGCAAGGGUAAACCAAGUAUGAUACCAGUUACUUCCCUUGUUGAUGGUUUAGAUUUCGACUACGACAGUCGCGAAGGUUUUAUAUACUAUAUCGAGAAGGAAAACGGUAGUUUGAGAAGAAUUCAAAUCAAUGGUCAAAACGCGUCAGAAUUUGUCCCGACGGCUGUCAUUGGUCAGCCUAAUGCCCUGGCUAUUGAUUGGCUCUCUAAUAAUUUAUAUUGGGCCAAUGAAGAUAUGAGCACGAUAGAAGUUAUGAAGAUGAUGGGGGAGAAACACUAUCGUAAAAUAUUAAUCAGUAAUAAUGGGAAAGAGACUGAUGUAGCUGCUCCGUUAUCUAUUUGUUUAGAUCCAGUUCAAGGGAAACUAUAUUGGUCUGAUAAAGGAGGUAAUGGCGUCCCUGCUAAAAUAGGCGUAAUGAAUAUGGACGGAACCAAGUCUAAAGUUUUGGUAUCAACUGAUAUUAGAGUACCACAAUAUCUUACUAUAGACAUCAAUAACCAGGCUUUAUAUUGGUCCGAUUCUUUCCAUCAAGACAUAUCGAAGUACGAUAUAAACUCUGGAGUAAAGAAGAGACUGAUUCCGAACCUAAGUUCACCAGGCGGUUUAACGGUUUACAAGAAUCGUUUGUAUUAUACUGAUUCUGAUUACGAGGCCAUCUAUGAGGCCAACUUUUCAAAUUUGACACAUCCAACGCAGGUCAAAAAUAAUCUUCCAAAAUUACAGUCACUGAAAAUAUAUUAUGACAGGCAUGAUAGUGGAAGCAAUGGGUGUUCAGAUAAUUACGGGGGAUGUUCACAGUUAUGUUUACCAGUUGGUGUGAACAAACAGAAGAAAUGCGACUGUGGUAUCGGAUUUGUUUUACAAUCCAAUGGUGAUUGCCAAGGUAAACAUAAUUACCAUUAA